UAGGCGGCGGUAACGAAAAAAAAUGUGACGCUAGCAAAUGCCAAGGCAGGAAGGAUUGUAGUUGGUACGCGGUGCAGAACACACAACAAACGUUUUUUGCAUAUACAUUUUCACCAUUUACAAUGGUAUGAAUUGAUACCGGUUUUGUAAUAAAUUUACCGGACUCUGGAUGUAUGAAACCGAGGUAAGGUGUAUGAAGGGAAGGGAGAGCUGUCCUAAAGAUGAGGCGUCUGUACAGGAAGAAAGCCCUGAGUCUGGUAAAAGAGCUAGAUGCCUUCCCCAAGGUCCCAGAGAGCUAUGUGGAGACCACAGCUUCUGGAGGGACAGUGUCCUUGAUAGCAUUUACUGCAAUGGCUCUGCUGGCCUUUUUUGAGUUCUUUGUGUAUCGAGACACCUGGAUGAAGUAUGAAUAUGAAGUGGAUAAAGAUUUUUCAAGUAAAUUAAGAAUAAAUAUUGAUAUUACAGUUGCCAUGAAAUGUCAACAUGUGGGUGCAGAUAUUCUGGACCUGGCCGAGACCAUGAUAACGUCAAAUGGCAUUCAGUAUGAGCCUGUGGUUUUUGAACUCACCCCGGAGCAAAAACUUUGGCACAGGACUCUUCUGCUGAUCCAGAACAGACUGAGGGAGGAGCAUUCCCUACAGGAGGUCCUGUACAAGAGUGUCCUUAAGGGAGCCCCCACUGCUUUGCCCCCUAGGGAGGUGGCCACCUCGGAGCCGCUCGGGGCCUGUAGAAUACACGGGCAUGUAUAUGUCAACAAGGUGGCCGGGAACUUCCACAUUACCGUGGGAAAACCUAUUCAUCAUCCCCGCGGCCACGCACAUAUAGCAGCUUUUGUGAGCCAUGACACAUACAACUUCUCCCAUCGUAUAGACCAUUUUUCUUUCGGAGAGGAGAUCCCUGGCAUAAUCAAUCCUCUGGAUGGGACUGAGAAAGUUACCACCAACAUUCCCACCAAACUGCACACGUCCAAAGUGUCCGCCGAUACACAUCAGUUCUCUGUGACAGAAAGGGAGCGGGUGAUAAACCAUGCGGCGGGCAGCCACGGUGUGUCUGGGAUCUUCAUGAAGUACGACACCAGCUCUUUGAUGGUGACGGUCAGUGAGCAGCACAUGCCCCUUUGGCAGUUCCUGGUACGACUGUGUGGCAUCAUCGGCGGCAUCUUCUCCACCACAGGGAUGAUACAUGGCUUUGUUGGCUUCUGUUUUGACAUAGUAUGCUGUCGCUUCAAACUAGGCACAUACAAACCAAAAGAGGUUGGUCUUCCAGAUGCUUAUGUGAGACCCCAUGCUGAUCCUCUACUUACAGACAACCAUGUACAGCAGGAAUAGCCGCCCUAUGAACUGAACCCUGUCCCCCUUAAGCUGACUGUGCCCCCUACUGUCCAGAAAGAAACAGCCAGACAAGUAUUUGUCUAACCAAAUAAGAGUUCAUGUCUAUUUUAUUUUUCUGUUGAAUCAUGAGUUGGAUUUUCUGGUUGUAUUAAAAUUGUGGACAGUAUGUUUACAACUACUCUGAUA